AUGUCCGACCGAGCGAUAAUUAUAGUGGAGGAGGACCCAUCUCGUGAUGAACAUGAACAACGAAGCAGAAAACUGAAAAAAGAUCUCAACCGCGCGAGGAAGAAUAUCAAUGAGCUGCAGAGGAAGAUCAUUAACACUGAGAAGGAGAUUGAUGAAGUCAGCCGGGCGAAGGAGACUCUAGAAGAGAAGAACAAAAAGUUCGAGAGUGUCAUCCGACAGAAAGGAGGAGGAUCAUCGCGGAAGGCGGUACAGAGUGGGACUCGCCAAUUACGGAGCAGCGAAAAUACCAGUGCCGAUCGAGGCUUAAAGUUGAAUAGGCUAAAGGACAAACGACAUGGGUUGGAGGUGAUGAAAAUGGGUUGGGAAACUUGGAGAAAGAAUGUUGAGGAGGAAUGCCGUCGGAGAGCAAUCUUUGGAGAUCGGAUGAGGAACGAAGAGUUGCAGAGCUGUGAGAGCUGGGAGGAAAGCAGCUAUCAUCCACCGAGGUAA